UAUUCAUUAAAAAAAUACUAAUGAAGUCACCAUUUUUACCUUCUUUAUUCUUGACCAUCUUAAACUCUUUGUAAAUAGUAAUACUCUUGAUGCCAUACAAGAUAUUGUUUACUGUUUACUCUUUUUCUUUUUGGUAAACUUUACUAAGGAUUAACUAAUAGACUUAGAGUUAUCUGAGCUUAUAUAAAAGCCCCCCCAUCUCAUACAAAUUUGGCUGAAAUCCAGUUGCGACAAACACCCCACCAACCUACACACUUAUCCUAUCCACUCAUUGCUUUGUGGAUAGACGAUUUGAUUUCUCAGGCAGGCCCAUUAUGGAGACUACCUCAUCUACGACGGCACCCCAUGGGUCGCCCACUCAUCUCACAGACGAUGCCAGCCAUGUUGAACCAGUGGAUCGCCAAACACCUCGGGGUCUAUCUAGUGUUGGCCUCGACGCUUCAGAUGCUUAUGAAAACGAUGACACUGAUUUAGACUCUGUUUUCGACGAGGAUGAGGAUACCGAUGGAGGUAUUGGCCUAGAUGGUGAAGCAGACGUGACGAGAAACUAUAACCGUCAACGACCUUUACACUCAAAUCUACAAAAACCUAGUGCCAAUACCCGUGCGGGUGUAGAUGACCAAAUGGCCGCCCUCUCGAAACACGCUGCUAAGAUCCGACUGGACGAUGUCAAGGAGGGCCAAGAUCGGGAUAAAGACAAGGCCAACCGGGCUACCAGUGAGCAAGUUCUCGAUCAACGGACUCGUAUGAUUCUCUACCAGAUGAUCAACCGGGGUGUGGUUAGUGAGAUACACGGCGCAAUCAGUACCGGUAAGGAGGCCAACGUGUACGGCGCUGUUUCAUACCCAGAUGUCGACAGUCCGCCUAUUCAACGUGCUGUGAAGGUUUACAAGACGGCUAUCCUCAGCUUCAAAGACCGAGAGAGAUACAUCACUGGCGAGCAUCGUUUUAAAUCUGGCGCAGACAAAGGAAACAGUCGGAAGAUGGUCAAGUUAUGGGCAGAGAAGGAAUUCCGCAACCUGAGGAGAAUCCACUCCGCCGCGAUUCCCUGUCCAGAGCCCAUACAGCUCAAGCUUCACGUUCUCGUGAUGAGCUUCCUCGGGGACAAGAAGGGAUAUGCUUACCCACGACUACGGGAUGCUAGACUUUCAGGCGACGACGCCGACCAACUAUGGAGGGACCUUUACGUCCAACUCCUAGGAAUCAUGCGACGCUUGUAUCAAGUUUGCAAACUUGUCCACGCAGAUCUAAGCGAAUACAACAUUCUUUACCACAACAGACAACUUUACAUCAUUGAUGUGUCUCAGAGUGUCGAGCAUGAUCACCCUCGAUCGCUUGAGUUCCUUCGAAUGGAUAUCAAAAAUACCGGAGAUUUCUUCCGUAGGCAGGGGGUUGACACGCUACCUGACCGAGCUAUUUUCGAUUUUAUCACUCAGUCGGAGGGUGCAGUGGAGGAGCCAGGUCUAUCAGAGGCCAUCGAGCAGCUAUACGCGUCAAGAUUGCCAUCCUCGAACGACGACUCAGCAACAGCCGAACGGGAGGUUGACAACGAAGUGUUCCGAAAUCAAUAUAUUCCCCAAACUCUAGAGCAAGUCUACGAUAUCGAGAAGGAUGCGGAGGCUAUUGGCGAGGGCGAAGGAGACAAGCUUGUUUAUCGGAAUCUUCUAGCGGACCAGGUGGUGUCAAAAACAGCUGCGGAAGACAACAGUUUGGGAGAUGAAUCGGAUGAAGGAGCAUCACUAGACGAUGAUAGUGGGAGCGACGAUGAAAGCAAAUUUGAGAAGGGAGCCCCUCGUGGCAAACGAUUUGAAGACAAGGAUGAAAAAAAGCAACGCAAACACGCCGCAAAGGAAGCGAAAGCCGAAAAGCGGAAAGAAAAGAUGCCGAAACAUAUCAAGAAACGCCUCGUAGCUUCAACCUCUAGGAAAAACAGGUAGAUGUAACUACGUAAAGGCCAAACCCAAAAAAAAAAAUGAAGUAUCAUAUAUGAAAACUCGUCUAAUGUUCCUUCUUUGGCCUCGACAUGCGUGUGUGUGUGUAUGUGUGUGUGUACCGGACAACCAGGUAUGUGGAAAGUACCAUACCAAGCUUUGAUACCCCUACAAACAUUGAACGC